GCCUUAUGGGAUCUGUAGUGUCCCGAGAGCUGCCGCAGUCUUCUCCGACGCCGCCCGGAGAGGGAGCUCUCGGGCUCCCUCUGGAGGAAAACCGUUAGCCGGGCCUCAGCUGCCUUGCGAGUUAACUGGCGGCUGCGGCGGCGGCGGCUGCUAUAGCCGUCGCCGCCGGAGACGGCUCACCAGAAGGUAAGCUCCUCGGUCGGGUAGGGCGCGGCGAAGAUUGAGUGCCGCCCAGGACUCGGCGCGGAGGACAGAGUUACGCGCCCUGGGCCUGGGUGAUGAUGCUAGGAGGAGCUCGAGCUACCGCGCGCCGGCGCCGAUAGCGGAAGCCCCUCACUCGGACAACCACAGAGCUGGAGCCCAAGACGAGUCUCCCCCUGUCCUACCUUUGCGGCGACGAGGACGGCGACGGCGAGGGCGACGACGGCGGCGCUCCUGGUGGCAGAGGUGGCAACGACAGAGGAGGCGGAAGAAGAAGCGACAGAGGCGGUCGCGGAGGGCCAGCAUCCAGAAGCCGCGUCCCCCAAAGGAUAAGGGAUGCACGGAGGCUGCUGCUGUGGCUUUAGGAUCUCCUCACCUGCAGUCUUCCCAGUCUCCAUUGCCUGGAUCCCGAAAAAGUCGACGCCGGAAACCUCAGCAACGACGGCGCAGGGUGAGGAUCAUGGACCUCGAGAACUUCAUGGCCAACAAUCUGUUGCUGAAGGCUCGUCAAGGAUUUAGCAAAAAGACUGGUCGUAGUAAAAAAUGGAGAGAGCUGCUGAAGUUUCCCCCAGUCAGCAUGUGCACUGAGUUAAGAUGCUCCAUCGAAAAGGAUUUUAGCAGUCUUUGUGACAAACAGCCAAUCGGAAGACUUCUUUUCAGAAAAUUCUGUGAUACAAAACCAGAUCUAAAAAGGUGCAUUGAAUUCUUGGAUGCAGUGCCUGGGGUUCCAGCUUGUGGGAUGGUACCAUCCAUGCUUAGGGCAGAGUACGAAGUUACCAUUGAAGAGGACCAAAGAGAAUUUGGACUAUCUAUCUUCAAUAGAUUCUUCAAAGAGAAGUCAGAAGUCCCCUUACCACAAAUACCUCCAACUAUUGUGAAAGAGUGUAAAUGGAAUCUGAAGCAGAAUUCUCCACCUCAAAAUGUUUUUGAAGAAUGUGCUGGAAUUGUCUAUAAGUAUUUGAGUGAAACACCAUUUGAAGAAUACCAAGAGAGUGCCUACUAUAAUCGAUUUUUACAAUGGAAAUGGCUAGAAAGGCGUCCAGUCACAAAGAAGACAUUCAGACAAUACAGAGUUCUAGGAAAGGGUGGAUUUGGAGAGGUUUGUGCCUGUCAAGUGCGAGCGACAGGAAAAAUAUAUGCCUGCAAAAAACUAGAAAAAAAAAGAAUAAAGAAGAGGAAAGGUGAAGCCAUGGCUCUGAAUGAAAAAAGAAUCUUAGAAAAACUGCAUAGUAGAUUUGUACUGGGCUGCCUGACUAGCAAGGCUGAUCAAUUCUCAUUUCUCCCCUCCACCCCAGGACUGGGAUUACAGGUUAGCUUAGCCUACACGUAUGAAACCAAGGAUGCGUUGUGUCUGGUGCUAACUAUGAUGAAUGGAGGGGACCUGAAGUACCACAUUUACAACCUGGGCAAUCCUGGCUUUGAGGAGCCGAGGGCUGUGUUCUACGCUGCAGAGCUGUGCUGUGGCUUGGAAGAUUUACAGAGGGAAAGAAUUGUCUACAGAGACCUAAAGCCAGAGAAUAUCCUCCUUGAUGAUCAUGGACACAUCCGAAUUUCAGAUCUUGGUCUAGCUAUGGAAAUCCCAGAAGGGGAGAUGGUUCGAGGAAGAGUUGGUACUGUUGGCUACAUGGCUCCCGAAAUUAUCAAACAUGAAAAGUAUACAUUUAGUCCUGAUUGGUGGGGACUUGGCUGUCUGAUAUAUGAAAUGAUUGCGGGACGUUCUCCAUUCAGAAAAUAUAAAGAAAAAGUCAGCCGGGAGGAAUUGGAAAGAAGAGUGAAGAAUGAAACUGAGGAGUACUCCGAGAGGUUUUCAGAGGACGCCAAGUCCAUCUGCAGCAUGUUACUCAUCAAGGACCCACGUAAGCGGCUGGGCUGCCAGAGUGAUGGAGUCUCUGCUGUAAAGCAGCACCCAAUAUUCAAGGAUAUUAACUUCAGCAGGCUGGAGGCAAAUAUGUUAGAUCCACCUUUCAUUCCUGAUCCUCACGCCGUUUAUUGUAAGGAUGUCUUGGAUAUUGGGCAGUUCUCUGUGGUGAAAGGAGUCAACCUGGACACCAGUGAUGAGGCCUUCUACACCGAAUUUGCAACAGGGUCUGUCACCAUUCCCUGGCAGAAUGAGAUGAUUGAAUCUGGAUGUUUCAAGGACCUCAAUGAAAAUGAAGAUGAAGAUUUGGUAACACUUGGAAAACACAAGAUGUAUUCCUCCCUUCUCAGACCAAAGAGACACUUCCUCCAGAGACUCUUCAGAAGAGGGGGCUGCCUGAACAUUGGCCCCAGUGAGAAGGAGGAGCCAACAGAACACUGACCAUUCACUGUGCAGACCACAAAGCAAGACCCUGGUGUUAAGAAGGAAUCUAUCACAUACUCAGUGUCUUUCCAUAAAUUGUAAUAAAUGGUCCGUAACACUA